GCUUCAUUUAUUUUUUCUUUGCUGGAAAAUGCGUUGGAUUUCUCUGUAUUAUGUCUAAAGGUCAAUCAAAACAAAACACUGGCCAUCCACCUCCUUAUCUGGCUUGAAUGGAUGUUAAUAGGAGGGUGCAAUAUUACGACGUGUGGUUUCUGGUGCGAGUUGUCUUGGAGAUAUCAGUCGGAUGAGGCCCUGGGUUUGUCUAAAGGUCGCGGCGGGUUCCCCGCGCUUUGUGUUCUUAACUUCUGGGUGUAUAUGCUGGGGAGCAUCCGAAUUGUCGACAUAUGUUUUCCCAUUAGCUGACGAGCAAUAAAAUACAAGUCGCAUAAUGAUCGCCACCGGGCAGCAUCCAGAGCGCAUACCGUUGGGAAUUACAAGAUGAUUAAGGCUUGACCUUUUGUGCUUUGGAAUUUUAUGUGUUAUUUUUAUCUGACGUUUUUAUCCAUCACACAGAUUUAUUUAAAUAUCAUAAAUAAAGGAACAGAGUUCAAGGCCAAUAAACCUUAAAUGCAGCUGUACUUAUGUUCAAGAGCCUGUUUAAUCCACUUAAUCCUGGAAUUACAGAAGAUAGAGAGGAUGAUAAUGGAUUUCCCAUUAUUCUGGACCUUGUUUAAGUAAGAUUAUUACACAUUAGUUCGCAACCGAGGUCACUGUAGAAUACAUUUCCGUUAUUCUGACCAUUAGUUAAUUUGCAUUUAAGUUACAGCCUUGUAAAAAAUCUUUAUGCUUUAUGUUAAUAUUAAAUGCAGCCUACUGCCAUGUGUUGUAACCCACAACCUGAACUCAACGGGGCUGUAGCGGCUGCAGGAUUUGUUGCCAAAUACAAACAAGAGAAAAAACACUGUAUGUCAGUUUUAAUAUGUUAAGAAUCAUGCGCGCUCACGUCCUCGUGCCCGCGCAUAGCCCUUAGCUACCUUAAAAUGAAGCCUCCCUUGAAGGGUAAACUAGUAGAGUCCAAUUUUAUCUGAGUGAUAUCCAAAUGCAGACAGAAAGGGUCGUUUUAUCAUGCUACUAUUUGUCGUGACGAUGCGAUUUUCAAAAGCAGAGCAGUGUCAUAAAGUGACAUGCCUGCCACAAGUGCUCCAACUGAUCUUUUCAAUUAGCCUUCCAUGCAUGAUCCGAGGCGACUUCCGCCUAUUUCCAGAAAUUAAGCUCAAACUUGACGUGCAGCUAGCUUUAUUUUAAAGACAAAUGUCAGGCAGGCUCAUCAUAUUUUCCCCUCUUCUAUAUUUGGAGCUUAUUUAUUGCUAAGGAGCUGGCGCUCCCGGAGUCAAACUAACGGUGAGCGUCAGUGGGGAAGGGAGUGAGAACAGAAACGCAGGCACUCCGGGGAGGCUUCGGUUUGAUUUGGUUCAAGGCUUGGUGGUGCAUCGCUUUCACUCAUUGGACUUUUGUUAUCGCUGCGAGAUCCAAAUAAUUAGGUCACAGCGGCGUGAACCAGCUUGGUGGUGUAUUUGUUAACGGAAGACCAUUGCCGGACUCAACCAGACAGAAAAUCGUUGAGCUCGCUCACAGCGGUGCGCGGCCGUGCGACAUCUCCAGGAUCCUGCAGAUGCAUGUUGAUGCAAAAGUCCAAGUGCUGGACAAUGAACACGUGUCAAAUGGGUGCGUGAGUAAGAUCCUGGGCAGAUAUUAUGAGACUGGCUCCAUCAGACCAAGGGCAAUUGGAGGCAGCAAACCGCGGGUAGCAACGCCCGAAGUGGUCGGUAAAAUCGCACAGUACAAAAGGGAGUGUCCCUCAAUCUUUGCCUGGGAAAUCCGCGACAGACUUCUGUCAGACGGCGUGUGCACCAACGACAAUAUACCUAGCGUAAGUGUGUCGUCGAUAAACAGAGUCCUUCGCAACCUGGCUAGCGAAAAGCAACAGAUGGGUGCAGAUGGCAUGUAUGACAAGCUGAGAAUGCUCAACGGGCAGACGGGCACGUGGGGAACCCGCCCGGGGUGGUACCCUGGAACUUCUGUACCCGGGCAACCAAAUCAAGAUGGAUGUCAGCCGCAGGAUGGCCCAGGAGAAAACACAAACUCCAUUAGCUCUAACGGGGAGGACUCUGACGAAACCCAGUUGCGACUCCAGUUGAAGAGAAAGUUGCAGAGAAACCGGACAUCAUUUACACAAGAGCAGAUUGAGGCUCUGGAAAAAGAAUUUGAAAGAACUCAUUAUCCAGAUGUUUUCGCAAGGGAAAGAUUGGCAGCCAAAAUUGAUUUACCUGAGGCAAGAAUACAGGUGUGGUUCUCAAACAGGAGAGCAAAGUGGAGGCGAGAGGAGAAGCUGCGGAAUCAGCGUAGACAGGCCAGCAACCCCUCCAGUCACAUCCCCAUCAGCAGCAGCUUCAACACAAGUGUCUACCAGGCCAUGCCACAGCCCACAACACCAGUGUCUUUCACAUCAGGGUCCAUGUUAGGCAGACCGGAUACAGCCCUCACAAACACGUACAGCGGGUUGCCUCCUAUGCCAAGUUUCACAAUGGGCAACAACCUGCCUAUGCAACCCAGCCAAGCAUCCUCCUACUCCUGCAUGCUGCCCACGAGUCCGUCUGUGAAUGGGCGGAGCUACGACACGUACACCCCCCCUCAUAUGCAAGCACACAUGAACAGCCAAUCAAUGGCCCCUUCUGGUAACACCUCAACAGGACUCAUCUCCCCAGGAGUUUCUGUCCCAGUCCAAGUUCCUGGCGGCGAGCCUGACAUGUCUCAGUACUGGUCAAGACUACAGUAAGGAGAAGAGCUACUUCACCCUUUGACUCUCUCACGAGACAUCUGAGACACGGCACCGCUAUCUCUCCGGCAGUAUUCUAUGUACAUGUCAGCGCACACACACACACACACACACACACACACACACACACACACACACACACACACACACACACACACACACACACACACACACACAGACAACAGCAAAAGGAGGACCUGGAGGGGACUAUUUUGUUUCGGAAUUGUGCACUGUUCUGUGACUUUUGGGACUCAUGAAAACUUGAAGAAGAGAAAACAAAAAAAAGGCAAAACACGGAGAGAAAGAAAAAAAUCAACUUGGACAGCCUUUCAUGGAACAGAGCAAACAAACAAACUAAAUCAAGCGUACCAACGUUUUUUUCUUCAUUUCCAUCUUUUUGGUGUAUUUCUAUAGUUUCAUUUGUAUGUUAUGACGUAAACAUGAGAACAACUCCGGAUGGACAGACGGGAAACCUUGAUGGUCUUUCACUAAUUUAUACUGGCCGGAACCCUGAGCGACUGUCCCAUGGUGGCUUUUCAGUAAGCUUAUAUCAAGAACCUCUACCAGACUUUUGCACAGAUGCAUAUCACCCCAGUUCAACUGGAGGGAAAGACACUUGUUUGUGAGCCCUUUUAUCUGUCAGCUGGUUGGUUUUCCUUUCCAAAAAAAAAAAUGUUGGCUUAAGGAUUUCCCCAUUUCAACCUACCCAUAUUGGCUUUUGUCCUUAUCUUUGGUUGCAUUCAAAGACAUUGUGUAUUCUAUGGACAGUGGAAUUGUUGAAAAGUAAUAUCAUUUUUCGCUUUGGGGUUGUAACAAGCCUCGGUUCAAGUACAAGCGCAAAGGUUUUGUUGGGUAGAUUGAGUUUGGGUAAACUGUCUGUGCUGAGCAAUAACUACUGAGAUAUAAAAUGUGUGUGUGGGGGGGAUGGUUGCUCAAUGGUAGACUGUGGCAUUGAUUUAAUCCAACUUGUUUAUGUCCAAUUGUAAGUAUUUGUCUUCCCUAGGAAUCUCCCUAAAUAAUUUCUACAAUAAAAGUUACUUUCAUUUGUAUUGCCCCAAGAAUAUUCUAUACAUUUUAUACAAAUUUUCAUGCAUUGUAAAAAAAACAACCGUUCUUUAGGUAAGGUACAAGUUGUCUCUUAGAUAUAGCUGUAUUAUAGUGUCCUGCUGUCAAAUGAUUUUGUGCAACUAGAAAUAUUUAAUUCCUAUAAUUAUGAUUACAGAUGCUUGACAGAGUUUUAAACAUAAGUGUUUGGCAGUUGUUUACAAGUACAUAUCAGAAUUAACCAUUGUUGAUUGUAAAAACAGACCAAAGCCUUUGUAUUUCAUCUCUUACACAACAUUUUGUUUUUAUAUAUAUUUGUCUUGUGUUGCAAGCAUUUUUGUAAGCAUUUGUUUUACAUUCUAUUACAAUGGCUUCGAGUACAUUUUGACUGCCGACUAAUCACGCAGUCUUUUACUUAUAAUUGAAGACCAUGUCUAUCAUGCUUUGCGUUCUGCAUUUUGAAGUGUACCUGGGGCAUGAGCACGUCAGGGGUUCUGCGUCAGUUUCAUGCUUUGGAGAAAGAAAGGUCUACACUGUCUCUCAAAUAUUUCAAUUUUAAUUUUAUUUAAAAUGGAGCUUUCUAAAUGUAUUUUGUGAAAAAUAUAAAAAAACAUUUUGUACAGUACAACAAGUGUCUUGAUGAGAGCUCUCUUUCAACGUUGUCAGUGUUGCCAUAUAAAUAUUCAAUUCCACUGGUUGAAUUAUUUCAAAUAGGAUCCCUUCAAAGUGAUCUAAUGGUGCUCUCAAAGCUACACAACACAGACACAGGCGAGAUCUGUCCAAAAGCCCACCUUAUAACCACAAAAAAAACCUUCACAGACAAAAGCACCAACCGACUCCAUACAACACAAGCACUACAAAAAACACAGGCACAAUGGAAAGGCCAAACCAUUCACCAGUGCAGGCCCUUGUUUUGGUGGAGUUACGAUGGUUUAAAAAAAAAAAGGAGGAGGGAGCGAGGGAACGAGAGAAAGGGAGGGAGGGAGAGAGGGGGGGUGGAGGGAUAAAGCAGUCUGUGCCUUGGGCGAGUUGGGGGAGCGAUGGAGCGAUUGUGUGGCAGAAUGAGUUAUUUUGCUUCACUUGCUAUCUCAGCAGGGGGGGAGGGAGGGAGGGGGGAAGAAGGGGAGAGAGGGGAGCUCUGGGCCAGAGCUGGGUCAGGCUGGGCUCACAGGACUAAAGGAUUGUGGGAUUGUUCCCAUCUCUCUUUCUCCCCUCUCAUACACAUUCACAGUGCCAUUUUCAGCCUUGCUCAGCUCUACUUCAAGCCUUAGUGCGUGUAACAAUAUGAUACAGAGAAGCACAGACACUGAAAACACUGUUACUGCUAUUUAUGAUCAGGCAACCUGGAGUGGCUCCUAAAAUGUCAUGUUGAUCGAACCUUUGAUGAGUAAAUAGCGUAGAGAGAUAGGAUGGGCAGGAUCUCGCCUUCAUCAGGUGACAGGUACAAACAUUGGGACGGAUCAGAGUAAACAACAAAAGUCAACACGGAAAGCUUUUUCAUCAUGUGCUUAGUAAUUUUGCAUAAUGUUUGCUUU